GCUUAACUUGUUUGAUACGGGUCAUUGAGAAAUUUUAAGAGUUGAUUGCUAAUUUUUUAAUCCCAAAAAAAAAAAACAAAUAUUCCCCAAAUUGUUAUCAUCCCGCCAUUUUAUCCUUGUGGAAGUAAUGUCUCUCUCGCUCAAACUCACACCAAACACCGCUCGCCUCUUCCCUCAAAGCGGUUUCAAUCAAAUUUCCUUUUUAACCUUUCCCAGAAUUUACAAAUCCAAGAGCCUUGUCUAUCAGAAUUUCAGGAAACUCUCGUGCUCAAUCGACGGCCAUAACAACUUUGUUUAUGAUCCAACUGAUAAUGGCAACUACUCAACAAACAAUGAAGGUUCAAUGACAGGAAAGGGUGAGAGUAGAAAUGGAGAAUCUUUUUCAUCUAAAGAGGUGUUGAAGAAGUUGAAGAGAUAUGGAAUUUCUGGAGUACUGUCUUAUGGGCUACUGAACACAGCUUACUAUCUUACUACCUUUCUCUUGGUGUGGUUCUAUGUUGCCCCAGUCCCUGGAAGAAUGGGUUAUAUGGCUGCUGUUGAGAGAUUUCUCAAGGUUAUGGCCAUGGUUUGGGCUGGAAGCCAAGUGACUAAGCUUGUUAGAGCUGGAGGGGCCCUUGCUUUUGCCCCAUUUGUAGACAGAGGAUUGUCAUGGUUCACUGUCAAAUUUAAGUUUGAAUCUCAGGGAAAGGCUUUCAUGGUGAUUGUAGGAUUUUGUUUUGGGCUGGCUUUUGUGCUGUUUUUGGUUGUGACAAUGCUUUGGGCAUAAAGCUGGCUAUUUUUGGUUCUCACCAGCUUCAAUAUUUGGUUAGCCUUAUGUCCUGUUAAAUCUUAGCUGCGCAAUUUUGGUUGCAAAUACAAAAGCUUAAGAUACAUGUGCAAGUGUUGUAUAGUGCCUCAAAAUUUGAGUUAGAAAUGUAAUGUACUCUUAUUUCUUUGGAGAUGCUAGAACUGCCUGGAGAUUAAGCAGGCCACAAAACUUUAUUCAUCUUCUAUCACUCGAAAAUAAGUGUCUCAAUGGAGAUCUGGAAUACCAACCAAAUGACAAACUUCCUACA